AUGUCUCAACGAAUCGUACGGUUAAUAGCACUGGCUGAUCUUCCCGUAACAGCAAAGCAACAAGAGAACAGAACAGAAGUGAUCAACUCUUCUAAUCAAACCUCAUAAUUCCUUCCUAAGUUAGACAUAGAAACGAACAGAUACAGGUCAAGGCAAUAAUGGUUCCGAUAACCGUGUUGCUGUCGUCCUUCUUGCUUCUCUUCACCGUCUCUCAUGGCUUUGCUCCUCCCCGUUCCUUUCUUCAGAGCUUGUCUGGAAGCAAUACUUACUUGACUACUAAAGAGCUCUGGUUCAAUCAGAUUCUUGAUCACUAUUCUCCAUAUGAUCACCGUAGAUUUCAACAGCGUUACUAUGAAUACCUUGACUACUUCAGAGCUCCAGGUGGACCUAUUUUUUUGAAAAUAUGUGGGGAAUCUUCAUGCAAUGGCAUAGCGAAUGACUAUAUCAGUGUUUUGGCUAAAAAGUUUGGAGCUGCAGUUGUUUCACUUGAGCAUCGAUACUAUGGUAAAAGCACACCCUUCAAAUCGUCAGAGACAAAGAAUUUGAGAUAUCUUUCCUCUAAACAGGCGCUCUUUGACUUGGCUGUUUUUUGUCAGCAUUACCAGGAAGCCUUAAACCUGAAGCUCAAUAGAACAAAUGUUGAAAACCCUUGGAUUGUUUUUGGGAUAUCAUAUUCAGGAGCUCUCAGUGCAUGGUAUCGUCUAAAAUUUCCACAUUUAACAUGCGGAAGUGUUGCAAGUUCUGCAGUAGUUCUUGCUGUUUACAACUUCACUGAAUUUGAUCAGCAGAUUGGUGAAUCAGCUGGUGCUGAAUGUAAAGCUGCACUUCAAGAAACUACUCAACUUGUUGAUGAAAGGCUAGCAUCAAACAGAAAGGCAGUAAAAACAUUAUUUAAUGCUGCUGAGCUUGAGAUUGACGGUGAUUUCUUGUAUUUCCUGGCGGAUGCAGCAGUUAUAGCAUUUCAAUAUGGGAAUCCUGAUAAGUUAUGCUCUCCUCUUGUUGAAGCAAAGAAGGCUGGAGAGGAUUUAGUGGUAAUACUUAUUUUCUUGCCAUUGUUCUUCAGGGAAGCUUAUGCCAAAUAUGUUAAAGAGUACUAUGUUGGAAGUUUUGGUGUCAGUGUUGAAACAUACAAUCAAAAACAUUUGAAAGACACUGCUAUUAAUGAAAAUAGUUCUGAUCGGUUAUGGUGGUUCCAAGUUUGCACUGAAGUUGCAUAUUUUCAAGUGGCGCCCUCAAAUGACAGUAUUCGCUCCUCAAAAGUUAACACAAGAUACCAUUUGGACCUAUGCAAGAACGUCUUUGGGGAGGGCAUCUAUCCUGAAGUUGAUACCACAAAUAUAUACUAUGGUGGCACAAAAAUUGCAGGAUCCAAAAUUGUUUUUACAAAUGGCUCGCAAGAUCCCUGGCGUCAUGCUUCAAAACAGAUCUCAUCUCCUGAUACGCCUUCCUACAUAAUCACAUGCCACAAUUGUGGUCAUGGUACCGAUAUGCGAGGAUGUCCGCAAUCUCCUUUAAGUCUUGAAGGUAAUGCCCAGAACUGCAGUUCCCCAGAUGCUGUUCAGAAAGUAAGGCAGCAGGUCAUUGAACACAUAGACUUGUGGCUGUCUGAGUGCGAGGCUAGCGGUAGGAGUUACAUAUAAUCCUAUUCAGAGCAUAAAAAACUUGUAAAUGAGUGAACUUAUCAAUUAACUAACUUAAAUCUCAUGUAUUAAUUUCUGAACAGAUAUUAAGUAGCUCAUCUAUGAAACGGCAUUGCAAAUA